AUGGAUAUUUCCCGUCUACCGGCAUAUGCGCAAAAUUUAGAGGACCGCAAGCGUCAGCGGAGGACAGAGCGCGAGCGUGACCGGAGCCAUGGUAAGAAGGCUAGAUCCUUAGAUACUGCUGGGAGUGUACCUCAGCGGUUUUCAGGCCCUAGAUUUGAUCGUUCUUCUUAUUCGGGAGCGGGCCAGAGUUCUAAAGCAUCAACUUCUCAGCAUAGACCAGAGUCAGGCCAGAUGAGACUGCCUAUACCACGGAGUGCUCAGUGCAGUAGAUUAUAUUCCAGACGGUGUCAAUUUGGAUUGGAUGCUUGUUAUGCUUGUGGCCAGCCAGGCCACGUGAUGAGAGAGUGUCCGUCGAAGAGUGGUGUAGGCAUUGUUCAGCCCAUCGGAUUCGUAGCUGGUUCUUCUUCGUCAGUACGCCCCUCAAAGCAAGUUUCACAGACACCAGCGGGACAUGGUAGAGGAAGGAGUGGAGCAUCUAGCUCGAGUGGGCCUCAGCACCGUGUUUAUGCGUUAGCCAGUAGACAGGGUUGUAAGUCAUCUUCUGACGUGUUUGGGAUAGAGCCCGAAUUGAUUGAGCAAUUUGAGGUAUCGACGCCAGUCGGUGAUCCAGUUAUAGCUAGGCGAGCAUGGAUUGGUCGGCUUCUUGUUAUAUUCCAGUUUCCUGAUAAGCCAGUCCUAGAACGAAAGGGUAAUGCCGUUUCGCUGAGGCCGGAGAAAAGGGAGAUAGCCCGUGAAGUUUGUCAACUAGCAAGCCUUGGAUUUCGGCUAUUAGAUUCAGGUGAUGCAGGAAUUACGAUCCAGGAUACAGCGAUGUCAUCUUUGGUAGCGGAGAUAAAGGAAUGUCAAUACUAA